UGAGCGCGGGGACGCGCCGCGUUGCCGUAGGAACGCCGGGGGCCGGCACGGCGGCGCGCGGGGCGGGCUCUUAGGCUCCGGGAGGUGGCGGCUCGCGCCCCGGCGCACGUUUGGGCGCCUCCGAGCCCAGGUCGUUGGGCCCAGCCGGGUUCCCCGGCGGUGCGCAAGCCAAGAUGUUGAGGCGCAGCUUGGAAAACCGGGACUCUCAAACCAGACAACUGCAAGAUGCUGUCACAAAUGUGGAGAAGCAUUUCGGAGAGCUGUGCCAAAUCUUUGCUGCUUAUGUAAGGAAAACUGCCAGACUGCGAGACAAAGCAGACCUGCUGGUGAAUGAAAUAAACGUGUAUGCCUCUACAGAGACCCCAAAUUUAAAGCAGGGCCUGAAAAACUUUGCCGAUGAGUUUGCCAAACUUCAGGAUUAUCGACAAGCAGAGGUUGAAAGACUUGAAGCCAAAGUAGUUGAACCUUUGAAAGCUUAUGGAACCAUUGUAAAAAUGAAACGAGAUGACCUCAAAGCAACAUUAACAGCAAGGAAUCGAGAAGCUAAACAGUUAACUCAGUUAGAAAGAACACGUCAGCGAAACCCAUCUGAUCGACAUGUCAUUUCACAGGCAGAAACUGAAUUGCAGAGAGCUACAAUGGAUGCUACCCGAACAACUCGUCAUCUGGAGGAAACUAUUGACAAUUUUGAAAAGCAGAAAAUAAAGGAUAUAAAGACUAUAUUUUCAGAAUUUAUCACUAUUGAAAUGUUAUUUCAUGGCAAAGCUUUAGAGGUCUACACUGCUGCCUACCAAAACAUACAAAAGAUUGAUGAAGAAGAAGAUCUGGAGGUUUUCCGAAAUUCUGUGUAUCCACCAGAUUAUUCAUCCCGUUUAGAUAUCGUGAGAGCAAAUUCAAAGUCACCUCUUCAAAGAUCACUCUCGGCUAAGUGUAUAUCUGGAACAGGACAGGUAUCCACCUGUCGACUAAGAAAGGAUCAACAGGCAGAAGAUGAUGAUGAAGAGGAUGAAGACUUAGAUGUCACAGAAGAAGAAAAUUAAUUUUCUUAAGUAAACUCCACCUUUCAGUUUUCAUCUUAAAUGACUUGGAAUCCAGAAUUAAUACAAUGUAAAACUUUAUACUGGCUUCAUACAUGAUAAACCUCAAAAUGAAAUCCCACUGGAAAUGAAAAUUAAAGGAAAUUUGUGCUGACAAAAA